GAAUUGAUUGUCAGACAUGAACAAAAUAAGACAGCAGUGUGUUUCCUUCUCCCUUGGAGUUGCUUUUUUGCUUAACCUAAAUCAUCUGUGAACUUUCUGUCCAUGACAAACACAGUUGGUGAUGGCUGCUCCUUGCAUGCUGCAAGUUGGUUGGUCAUCCAGUAUCAACGAACAUGCUUCAGCUUUCAAAAGCAUCUCCAUCCCCAGCUAAACAACGAGCAAAAAUGGAUGACAUUGUGGUGGUAGCCCCAGGAACACAGUCUUCACGGAAUGUGAGCAAUGAUCCAGAUGUCAUAAAACUGCAGGAAAUUCCAACGUUCCAGCCCCUUUUAAAAGGACUCCUCAGCGGGCAGACAUCUCCAACCAACACCAAGCUGGAGAAGCUGGAUCCACAUCAAGUGCUGCAGCUGUGUCUCCGAUACCAGGAUCAUCUUCACCAGUGCGCAGAGGCUGUUGCCUUUGACCAGAAUGCUUUGGUGAAGCGCAUCAAAGAGAUGGACCUCUCAGUGGAAACUCUUUACAGCUUCAUGCAGGAGCGCCAGAAGAAGUAUGCCAAGUAUGCAGAGCAGAUCCAGAAGGUCAACGAGAUGUCUGCCAUCCUCCGCCGCAUUCAGAUGGGCAUUGACCAGACUGUCCCGCUGAUGGAGAGGCUGAACAGCAUGCUGCCUGAGAGUGAGCAGCUGGAGCCCUUCAGCAUGAAACCUGACCGGGAGAUAAAGUCCUAGCUGCUCCUGCUCCCUCCACCUCUUGCACCCCAGUGCUUGGCACAGGUGUGCCUCCAGACUGGCCGAUGCUGGGAGUGGACAGCCGUGUUGUCUGACUUUCUGGUUGGGCACCAGAGGAGGAACAGCCCCAGCUGCCAGGGCUGUGUAGCCAGGAAUCCAGGAGCUCCCCUGGCCUCAUUGUUUGCAGAGGAACACUUAACUGUGCUUUCAUCUUCCUCCGCCUGCCCUGCUCUCUCCUCUUCUACUGCCACCACCUGUGCUGAGACGUUUGUUUCACUGCUGUAACUAGAUGUGGGUUUGCAGAGGAGUUCUUUCAUCUGUUCUUUUUACUAGAAGAAUCCAAUGGGAUAUGGGCUGUGACAAACCCUCUAACAUGCUUUCUGUGCCGCUAGGGUUUAGAGAAUUAGAUGGCUGACAAGUAUUUUUGAGAUCCUCUGCCCUUGGAAAUAUGUAUGUUUUAUAGGUGAAAGUGUGGGAGCCAGGAACUGGCUUAUUAAAAUCUGCCUAUUAUCAUAAUUAACACAGCUUGCAUGGCAGGGUUUUGGCAUGUCCUUUCUUGAGGCUCUUUGUUUUUAUGGGCUCACUUAUUUAUGAGGCUGUAAAGGAAUAACUGUUCCAGAUAUGUCUGUUAUUGCUGAGCAGCCUUAAUGUUCCUCUCCCCUUGCCCUGGCAGUGUCCCAUGCCCUAGCUGAUGGCUGUUCACAUCCCUUACCUUGCACUGCGAUUCUAACAGACACUGGUACCUGCCUGUUUACUUGUGUCCAACUUUGGGGUGCCAAGGGAUCAGAUCUUGUGUAUUUUUUUAUUUAUUGGGAUACACCAGUUAUCUUGGUGCUUUUUUAUACCAGAGGGACGCAGUUGGAGGGGAGACCUGAAAAGUCCUUCAGACUCCGUGCUGGCUGAACUGCCGUCAUGCUGAGUGCUUGCCUGAGCGUGGUGUUUUAUGACUGAAACCACACGGCCUUUUGCGAUCAUGCUCCACAAACUGCUCCAAAGGCAACAGGAUCUUCCUGUGUUGCUGUGAACUGAGCCCCAGCUGGAUGGUUGGCAGCCUGCUCAUGGGGCCGAGGCGCUGCUCUGGGACUUGGGGGACUACAGACUUCCAGGUCUGCUACUGGGCUGCUGCCACAGGCUUUGGUUUCUCCUCAUAUAGAAUGGGAUAUUUUACACACUGCUGUGAAAUAUUUUCAUGUCUAGAAAUUGUGUUCAAACAGCCUGCACAGCAAUUGCACAGCAGCUCUUAUCCCAGCAGAAAGAGCCUGAAAGAAGAAGCAAGGAGCCCUGGGCUUGCUGGGCCAGUGGCAGGUUUGUGUUCAUUACGGACCUCCCAGAAUGCUGUUGCUGGUGAGGAGACUGAACUUGAAUGGUUGUUUUAUUUCAGAGGUGGUCAUCCCAGACUUUGAGAGAGUCCCUGCCACAACCUGUGUUGUAAGUACAGGCUUUGGGACUUCCUGGAAUAGCUCUUAGCAUAUGAGUGUACCUAAUCAGCAAAAGAUUGUCUCCAAACAUUUGGGUGUGAAAGCAUCAUAAGUUUCUGACAGUGUAAAUGACUCCUGCAGGCAGGGAGCAACAGGCUGUUAGUUCUGCUUCAUUACCAGAGGCCACAUAGCCCAGAGUGACUUCUUCUAAUGCCCACUGCAGCCAGCACAGGCCUGUGUUUGAAACACGAUUGUGGGGCCUUGCUAUGGGACUCCAUUCUCAGCAGUGAGGCCUUCUGGAUGGUGCCUGGUGAAGAGCAAUUGGCAAAGAUAUGAACAGAUCAUUCUCUGGGAAGAAGGGCAGCAGUGAGCCCAUUUCUUUACUGCUCUCACUGCAGAGUUGGUACAUAGUUGUGCAUACGGACUAUAACAAUGUGAAGAGCAGACUCCCACCUAUGCUCUUGUGUUUUGCAGUAUUUUACACUUGGUUUGUUUAAAAAAAAAAAAAAAGUUGAUGCUUACAGGAGACUGAGCAACCUGUGACAGCCUGCUUCCCAUGGUCAUGCCAAGAGUAUCCUUACCGUCCUACCUGGAGACAUUCUCUGCUUCCUGCCACUAAGCAUGGUCCAGUAGUCAGUAACUUGAAAUAGCUGUGCAGGCAUUUUGUCCUCGUCCAGACCAAGCUGCUCGGAGGUGCAUAAAGUGUAGCGUUCAGCUGCUGUCUCCAUCCAGUGUGAGGGUCCCCGUGCCCUGGAGCAUGGGCAGCUUAGGCCAGGAGUAGAUCUGGGUACCAGAUCUGCCAGCUGGGGCAAGGUUGUGGAUGCUCUCUCAUGUAAAGCUUUGGACGUUUUCUUUGCACCAUUAAGCAUCAGAUCAAAGCAUUGCUCCUUGCAGUGCUGAUGCAGAUGGGAGCGUAGUGCUCCUGUCUGGAACGUGCAGGAGCAGGGGCUGCAAAUCAGUUUCUUAUUUGCCUAGGUAUUGGGCUGAUAAUGGAAGAAAAUGGGUAUUCCUAUGUGCUUUACUGCCUUUUAAGCUUCUGGGUAUACUGCUGGGCCUCCCAGCUAGUGACUCCUGAACAGCAAGGGUAAGUUGUAACAAAUACAAUAACUUAACUAGAAGGAAAUCGGGGUUGAAACGUCAGCCUCUUCCAAAGAACACAGGUCCAUCACUUCCAUGUGACAGGUCUCACAGGUGUCCUGCAAAAUUCCUGUAUCCUCUAACUGUUCUUAAGGGAUGGUUUACAGUUCAGUUUAAAACAUCGUCAGUAGCUUUAUCACCCAUAAUUCUUAGAUCUCUCGCUGAAGAGAAGCCCUUUUCUGCUCCAUGUUGCCGCUGCUUGGCUGCUCCGUGCUUUGUUCCAUGUACUGCUUCUGGAUUCACCUUAGGUGUGAGUGGUGCUCAAGGUGAGACCUUUCUUUACUCUCUCACUCCAUGGAGCAGGAUGUAAGAUGUAAGUAGAGUUACCUUUCUGCCUGCAUGUUUCUUUUCCCAAGUCAGUUGGUGUAGAAAGCUCAGGUCUCUCUUGUAACUGUACUGCUACUUUUAACACGAAGGACAGAUUGUUAGUGCUACGAACAGAAUUAUCUGUCACAGUCCCCUGAAAAGAAGCAUUUCUGCCCAUUUCUGGUUUGUGAUGUGAAAUGAAAGUCAUGUAAGGCAGAUGCAGACCAAGCCUGCUGGUGUGAAACCUGAAAAGCUGGAGAGUGAAGUGAGGCCCUGGGCUGUAUUUCUCCAGGGGCCUGAGCUGCUCCAGUUCCUUUGCUGCCUUGUGUGCUUGUGGCACAGAAUGCUGGGGCACUGUACAGUACUGCACGGGAGGAAGAGGUUUCCUUUGUUACUUCUGUCUUUUCUAUAAUUUAAUGCAUUGUCAGGGUGCUGAAGUACCGACCUAUCUGCUGGUCAGUUGCUGUGAAAAUCCAGUGAAGGGGACAGAAAAUUUGUUAUUUUUUUCUUUUUUUUUUUUAAUAAAUGUAUUUAAAAUUAUAUAUAUUUAAAUGUAUUUAAAUAUUUAAAAGGUUUGUCCCUUCCUCUAGGCUUUCACGCAGAGCAAGCAGAAAUAGGCACAUCCGCAGGCCCCUCGCCCUAUCAGCUGGUGUUCCACUGGUAUUGUGCAGCAGUGCUGCACCUUCCCUCUGCAUCCCGUGCUGCCAGCGUGUGAUCUGACUGUGAACCUUGUGCUCCAGUGCCCCUUGGUCUGUGCAUUAUCAUCCUCUUCACUGACUUGUUCUGUACACAGCUGCGUGUGUGCUACGUGUUCCAGCUCCAACAUUAAAAUGUUUGGUAUUGCUCUUUUCCAA